AUUAGCAUGUAUGAGUAGUGGGGGCAUGGCAAUAGCUUUUUUUGCAGAAAUAAAAUUGAAGAAAUGGAAAUGAAAAUUCAAUUUGUGGUCAUAGUUCUGAAUUGAAGGACCACAAUGCAUGUCAAUUGAUAGCCUUAAUAAUAAUUAUAAUUUUGAGGCCUUUGUUUUACUUCCGCUCUAUUUACUAAUAGCUCGGACGUGACUCAGCUCAACUCGAACUGUUUCCUUUUUCUUUUCUCAGAAACAAAGGAAGUCCUUGUUUUUGCCUUUUGUUUUAAUAUGUUACAUGUACUCACGAAAACCUAGGGUUUAAUUUUAAAGUUAGGUUAACAGACAAAGUGACAAAGAUAAAUCUGAGAAGGGAACGUAUUUCUACUUUCUAUUUCUUUAAAUGGGGGAGCCGACGGAGGGUCAAUUAAACGGUGUCGUAGCAGGGGGAGGAGUAGGAGGAGCUGGAACCAUGUUGGUAUCCUCAUCUGAAACCGUUGGUUCAAAGCGUCAGCGAAGGCCGAGCGUCAGAUUAGGUGAUAUUGGUGGUGACCUCCAUCAUCACCAACCGUACGACUCGCACAUAAGAAGAACCGCCGUUGGCGCCACCACAACUACUGUCGCUAGCUCCACUAAACAAUUCAAGCACCACCAUAUGACUGCUCCCGAUCACAAAAGAGAGGCAAGUAAGUCUUCAAAGACUCGAGCUGUACCCAAUUUUAGCGCGAAUUCUGGUGAAUUGACUGAAACCCUAGAUGAAAAUCUUGAUAGUAUUGCAAUUGGGAGCUGGAAAGUAAAGGAUUCCAAGAAACGAGGAUCUGCGAAGAGGGUUAGGUCUAAUUGGAUUUUAAAAAACAAUGAAACCCUAGGGGAUAAAAUUAACAAUAACAACAUCAACAGCCAUGUUAAUAACCACUUUGAAGGAGAUGAAAAACAUAGCGGAGGAGAUGAUAUGGAAGAUGGGUACCGUGGCUUUGAUAUGGAAAACUCGGAGAGUCCUUUAAAAGAGCACAGCCCUGUUCAUUCUCUUGAGAAUUUAGCUGUUGAUGGGCAUGAAGGGGAGGUUCCUUAUUACAAUAGGAGAGGAAUCGUUAGGGGUAAUAGGGAAGUCAAUGAUGGGAUGGAGCUGUCUGGGCCGUCUGAUAAUGAUGUAAGGGAUUGGAAUAGGGGUGGGAGUGAAGAUGGAGUGAGGAUUUGGUUGAAUAGUUUAGGGUUGGGGAGAUAUGCGCCAGUUUUUGAGAUACAUGAGGUAGAUGAUGAGGUGUUGCCAAUGUUGACGUUGGAGGAUUUAAAGGAUAUGGGAAUAAAUGCUGUGGGGUCGAGGCGGAAGAUGUAUUGUGCAAUACAGAAGCUGGGAAAAGGAUUUUCAUGAAGUUUUGGUUGGUGGGAUUGUAGUAUUUGAGGGAAUACUUGGUUGUCAGCCAUGGCAAUGUAAGUUUCAUGUGAUUUUCGGGGAGAAUGAGAAAUAGGAGCAUGCUUAAGAAAGGGAGCCAAUUCAAGUAUUUUCCUUUAUCAUUUUUUCCAACUGUGAAAUGAAGUGUUGUUGGAGAACUAACUUAUUCAAGUUAGAUAAUUCUUUUUCUCAUUCAUAAGAGAACUUCUAGUUUAAUUGAAGCCUUCAAUAUUGUGUGGCAUCCCUGUGCUCUGAUUAUGAAAGUUAAUCAACGUAGUUAGCCUGCAAUUCUGUGGUCACCAUGGAAGCAGUGGUUUUUUGACGGUUAAUGAAUAUAUCAUUUAAUUUUUUUAUGCUUGAAUUUUUGUUCAGGA